AUGCUGCGUGGGUCUAGGAGAAAAUGUAAAAAGGCAACAAAGUCGGAAGAGAACAGAUUGAUGGAGAACGGUGUUACUGAUGAAAAUCAAAUGAGUCCCACUGUGCAAGGACAGAGGCAGGGUACUGCAGACUCUGGGGUUCCUCUUCCUCCACCUCCCUCUCCUGCUCCACGGAUUAGGCCCAGACUGAUAUUUCACACACAGCUGGCUCAUGGCAGCCCUACCGGCAGGAUUGAAGGCUUCACCAAUGUUAAGGAACUGUAUACCAAAAUCGCAGAGGUCUUUGAGAUCUCACCCACAGAGAUUCUCUUCUGCACAUUAAAUACUCACAAAGUCGACAUGCAGAAAUUACUGGGAGGCCAGAUUGGACUGGAGGACUUUAUCUUUGCCCAUGUAAGAGGACAAAUGAAGGAAGUGGAGGUGACAAAAUCAGAGGAUGCUCUUGGUCUGACUAUCACGGACAAUGGAACAGGCUAUGCCUUCAUUAAGAGGAUAAAAGAAGGCAGUACCAUCGACAGAAUCAAGACUGUGUGCGUCGGAGACCACAUAGAAGGAAUAAACAAUCAAACUAUAGUAGGUUGCCGACACUAUGAAGUUGCCAAGAUGUUGAAAGAUUUGCCCAAAGGUCAACCAUUCAUACUUGGGUUAGUGGAACCAAGGAAGGCUUUUGACAUGAUUGCUCGGAGGACAAAAUGUGGCAAGUCUACAGGUGAGGGAAAAGUUGGAUCUGGAAGGGAAACUUUGCGUUUAAGGUCAAAAGGUGCUGCAACUGUGGAAGAGGCUCCAACAGAGUUUGAAGAACGAGCAACUAAAAAGGUGGAUGAUUUACUGGAAAGUUACAUGGGCAUCAGAGACACAGAGUUAGCUGCAACAAUGGUGGAAACUGGAAAAGAUAAGAAGAAUCCAGAUGAGUUUGCAGAAGCAUUGGACUCAGUCCUUGGUGAUUUUGCUUUUCCAGAUGAAUUUGUUUUUGAUGUGUGGGGAGCAAUAGGAGAUGCCAAGAAUGGCCGAAUCUAG